GUCAAUUCUCCCACGUAAAAACAAAACCCAGAGAUCGUUCUUCAACGUCUCAAGAACACUCACGGGCACACACAUGUAUGUGAAUUUGUUUCUGCGGAUUUCUUCCAGUAGAUAUUGAGCAGGACAAAAGGUAUCGAUGAUGGAUAAUAAUAAGGCGAGAAUUAGUGGAGAGGAAGUGUUAACGAAGCUCAAGGACGACGGCGAUUUCGAUAAGCUACGUCUCAAGAUUAUUCGCACACUCAAAGAUGAUGCUGAACUGCGGGACAACAUUAUAUCAAUGGUGAAGCAAUCAGCUGUACUUAACCGUCCCGGUGCUGAAACCAUGAAGCCACGGCAACUUUCUGAUGCCAUACAUGAAGAAAUUGGGGACAAAGUCAUGAGCAAGAUUUCUGAUGGUGUCUGGCAGAUAAUUAGGUCUGGUAGUGAAAUGAAAGCUGAAAUAAUAGAAACUGUGCAAUCAGUCUACAACAAGUUAUUAGACCCCAAGGUGAAUGAAGAUGGUGAAUCACCACUGCAUUCUGACUUGUUACUACUACGCAAGAGACAUGAUGUUAAUGGAAGUGUUUCAGCCAGUGGAGUUGAUGUCAGAGAGCCUGAGGGGGAGCCAAAUGAACCACCGGGGUUCAGUCUACAUGGUCAAGGUUGGAACAACAAAAGCAGCUAUGAGAAUGAUCAACCUGGAAAGAGACUACGGAUGUCUAGGCCUUGUGAUGGUAAAGCAAGAGUGGAACCUAUAAAAGAGACCACUUCCUCGCCUGAUAGAUUGGAGCCUCAGAGUGUAUAUAACAAUGUGCAGCCUGGGUUUCAUGAAGUCAUUGAGCAGCAUUUAGAUGGUGAUACUGAUGAUGACCCAGAUGUACCUCCAGGAUUUGGUUGACGAGUCGUGAUGUAAUUCAACCUCUUAGUUUCUAAGGGAACCUUAUAUAACUCUGCAAGGCAUAGGUUUUCAAAUUUUUGUCCAUGACAAUGACGAUACACGUAGUUUUCUAGUGUAAGAAGUCUCAAAUUUAUUAACUCAAAAUUAUAUUGGUGUCAAAAUUUGUGACUUUGGAACUUUUCCACAAUGAGAAACUCGAAAUGAUGUUAAUCAAAGAUUAUUUUGGUUUUUCUCCUC